GUAAAAGAACAGCAAAAACUACUUUACAUGGAAGCUAAGAACUACCACAAGGAACAUAGGCAGAUGUACAGAGCUGAGAUUCGAAUGGCUAGGGUGGCAAGAAAAGCUGGCAACUUCUAUAUACCCUCGGAACCCAAAUUGGUAUUUGUCAUCAGGAUCGGGGGUAUCAGUGGUGUGAGCCCAAAGGUCCGAACAGUACUGCAGCUUCCUCGCCUUUGCCAGAUCUUCAAGGGCAUCUUUGUUAAGCUCAACGAGGCUUCAAUUAACAUGCUAAGGAUUGUAGAACCACAGGUUGCAUGGGGGAACCCAAACCCGAAGGCAGUAAAUGAAUUGAUCUAUAAGCAUGGUUAUGGAAAAAUCAACAAGAAACGAAUUGCCCUGACAGAUAACUCAUUGAUUGCUCUAUCUCCUGGUAAAUGUGGCAUCAUCUGCUUGGAGGGUCUGAUUCAUGAGAACUAUACUAUUGGAAAACACUUCAAAGAAGCAAACAACUUCCUGUGGCCCUUCAAAUUAUCUUCUCCAAGAGGUGGAGUGAAGAAGACCACCUGUUUUGUAGAAGGUAGAGAUGCUGGUAACAGGGAAGACCAGAUCAACAGGCUUAUUAGGAGAAUGAACUAA